AAUACCAGCCCCAAGUUUUAGGGUUAUGUUUAUAUUUUUUUUUCAGUAAAUAAUAAAUAUCCUUAAAUAUAAAUAUAAUAAAUUAAUAAAAAAAAUAUAAUAAUUAAUAUAAAUCCUUAUUACUCGUUUUAUUACUGCAUUUAUUUAUUUCAUGGCAUUUCUUUAAAGACAAUUUUUAUAUAGAUUGUAAAAACAAUAAAAAGUAUGGAAAAUUAUCGUAAGGGCAAAAAUGUUGAAGACAGGCUUGAAAAACAACAAAUUCCCAUCUCAAAUCUACCAGAAAGUUUUCUUUGGAUGCAGGUUAGAGGUGGAUCUAAAAUUCGCAACCUAUUAGCACAUGCAAUAGAUCAGUUUCCUCUCCAGAAAACUGUUGUGUGGUCAGGGUUUGGUCCAUCAGUCGGAAAAACGAUUACUUGUGUCGAAAUUAUGAAACGAGAAUUUAAUCAAGAAUUGCAUCAAAUCACCAAAUUAUGUUAUAAGAUGGUAGAUGAAUAUUGGGAUCCACUUUUGCCUGAACUUGAUCAACUGGUGGUGAAAAGAAAAUUACCAAUGAUUCACAUUUGUUUGUCUGUAAAUAAAAUCAAAGAAAAUGAGUUGGGGUAUCAGCCUCCUGGAAAAAUUAUUCCUUUUAAAGGGGUAAAAAAAGAAAAUUCGAGCAAUAGAAGACCAAAUGAAUAUAGUAGGGACAAACAUUAAAAUGUAAAAAAAAAAAUUAUUUUAUAAGGAAAUAAAUUAUGUGAGAGCAUGUGCAGAAUAAAAUGAUGUACAAGGGGAUAUCCAUAACAAUGUUAGAUAUAGAGGAUGGGUUAAAAAAAGAAUUGUAUUUUCUUCACUGUGCAAAUGUUUAUGAUUAAGUUUUAAAUUUAAUAAAUAAUUUUUAAAAAUCUA